GUUUUCCGAAAAAAAGGUGAAGUGAAGGUAUCGCUAUGGAAUUCAGUUACUAAACAGUUGGUGUUCGUAUUGAAGUUCGUUGGACAGUGUGCGGAAGGUUAGAUAAUCGCGUAAAUUCAUAUUUUAUUGUCGAAUUGAUUUAUUAAUUGAAAUGGAAAUGUGUUCACAAUUUGUUGACGAUAGUAAUGCACAAACCGAAGGCAGAUUGUAACCGGGAAUAAUGGGAUGUUAACGACGUUGGCGAAAAAUCAAUGAUCCACUUUCUCAAUGCAUAUAUAUAUAUAGCACAAUAAAGACAUUAACAAUGUAGUUAACAGACAAUUGGAAGAUAGAUACAUGAAAUAAAAUGAAUCGAAACGUAUGGUAAUAAAGGAAAAAGUGUGCGCAAAACAAUUAAAUUUGCACUGUGACCAUACAUUACAAUAAAUUGAAGAAAUUACUUCCAGUGUUAUGUUCACCAUGCCAACAUAUUGUCAAAUCACAUAAAAAUUUAAACGCACGGUACAACUAUGAGGCUGGUGAAAAUCUUAAGACAAUUGAAAAUACCACGAUGGUCAACGAUUGUGUCGUGUGUGUUUUAUGUAAUAUUUAUGUUGAUGGUACUAUGUGUGACGUUCCCAUUGAAAUCGUCGUCACAAAAUAAAUUAUCCGAAACUAAUGCGGACGAAUUGAAAAAAAGUGAAUGGAGCCAUACGGAUGAUUUGACCAAGGAUUUGAAGGCAAAAGACGGUGCAAUAAAACGACCAAUUUUAGGCGAUACUGUGAUAAUAAGUAAUUCCAUGAAUGGUAAUAAACUACUGACAAAAACAUUUUACAGGGCUGAUUUAAACAAAGACUUAACACUCACCGUUCAAGAGCUUGCUCGGUUCAUCAACGGACGUGUACGCGACCAUGUUGACAUGGCCAUCAAAGCGAAUCCAACCAAUUUCGCUGCGAUUGAUGUCUCGCCUAGAGAUGGACUUGUUACUUGGGACGAGUAUCAUGCGUUUUUCUUGAAAUCAAGAGGACUGAACGAUGAGUACAUAAAGAACCACGACGAAAAGAAGCACAUUCCGUUGGAUCGUAAGACUAAAGAGGAAAUGAUGCGUGACAAAGCACUUUGGUCCGAAGCAGCACGAACUGACUCUUUCAGCUUGACACUGGACGAAUUUCUCACUUUUCGCCAUCCAGAAUCGAGUGUUUCGAAUCUAUUAACCUUGGUCGAUGAUCUCUUGCGACAAUUUGACGAAGAUGGAGAUGAUAAUCUAACUCUCGACGAAUUUUCGCAAGUGUCAGCUGACGAUUUGGACGAUAAAUGGCGGAAGUAUAUCAUCACAAAGACUAUGUACGAGCGUCAGGAAGAGUUUAAAAGACUAAUCGACACUGACCAUAAUGGUAAAGCUAACCGUUCGGAACUGUUGUCAUAUGUCGAUCCAAGACAUCCGCGCCAUGCAUUGACCGAAGCGGCCAGCUUAUUUAAUUUGGCUGAUGAGAAUAACGAUCAACGUUUGGACUUAGAUGAGGUAUUGAGCCAUGCAGACUCGUUCAUUAGAUCAAAAGUGAUAUCUACGUAUGAGAAUUUCCACGAUGAAUUUUAGAUCGACCAGAAACUACGUCUUUUUUAGAUCAAUUGUUUACGAAAUCUUUAAAAUGUGUAUCGUUGUUAUCCUACCGUAUAUACUUCUAACCCUCACUGAUGACAAUACGACAUCAGUCGGGGAUAUAAUUUCACCUUUUGUGAGCGCGAUAUUUCGUGUGAUUGAAAUGCAUAAGAAAAGUAAAUAGAAAUGAAUCCGUCCCUUCUUUCUUAAUUCUUCAUCGUGUAAAUAUGUCGUAAGAUUGAGGAAAAUAAAGUAUUAACCGUUUCAAC